GCAUCAACGUUGGUGGCGUCUUGUUCAAAACCAUCCUAGGGCACAUCGUUGCGAUCGAACUGAGAUAACCUGAAGGAGACACACUACCACCGGCAAAAUGUCUGGUGCACGGCACUGGGAGCAGGACAAGGACUCGACAAUAUAUAUUGGCAACCUUGACGAACGAGUCACAGAUGCACUGGUCUGGGAACUGUUUCUGCAAGCUGGGCGCAUCGCAAAUGUCCAUCUCCCCAAAGAUCGAGUCACUCAGACACAUCAAGGGUACGGGUUUGUCGAAUUCAAUUCAGAAGAAGACGCCGAGUAUGCCGCCAGAAUCAUGAACCAGGUCAGACUGUACGGCAAGCCGAUCAGGGUGAACAAGGCGAGCGCCGAUAAGCAGAAGUCCGUCGAAGUUGGAGCCGAGUUGUUCAUUGGCAAUCUGGAUCCUAUGGUGGAUGAGAGGAUGUUGUAUGACACAUUUGGACGAUUCGGAACACUGAUCGCUGCUCCAAAGAUCGCUCGUGACGAAAGUAACCUUUCAAAAGGCUAUGGAUUCGUGUCCUUUGCCAAUUUCGAGUCUUCCGACGAUGCCAUCGCCAAUAUGAACGGUCAAUACCUCAUGAACAAGGAGGUCUCGGUGCAGUACGCCUACAAGAAGGACGGCAAGGGCGAGAGACAUGGUGACCAGGCUGAGAGAAUGCUCGCGGCUCAAGCCAAAGCUCACGGUGUCCAACCGACUCCUGCCACAAUACCGGUUGGUGGACCAAUGUUCGGUGGUAUACCUCAGACUCCUGUAACACCUGCUGGCUUUGGACCACCAGCUGGUAGCUAUCAGGCUGUCCCACCACCAGCUCAAGCAAGGCCUCCUCCUCCAGCGAGCGUACCGCUUCCUGCUCCGCCUGGUGGACUUCCGGCAAGACCUCCUCCAAGCCAGGCAGGUUACGGCGGACCGCAAGGCUUUAUGCCCCCAGGUUUCAAUCAGAUGCCCACUGGCUAUCCACAGCCGCAUGCUCCGCCUCCGGGAUUUGCUCCUCCUCCUGGCUUUGGUGGCCCUCAAGCUGGCGCUAUGCCUCCAGCUCCUCCUGUCGGACCGCCAGGUGGUUUUCAGGGAUAUGGUAUGCGUAAAUGAGUGUUCGGUUUAGAGGACAAUGAAAAUAAGCUUGGAGUUGGAUUGUCAAAUUCGAGGACAUGGAGAAUCUCAGCUCGCGACACCAUGGCAUCGCACGAUCCUCUAUCCACACCUUGGCGCAUCGUGCGACGACGACAAUAGCACCAAUUCAUAUUUAAGGGCUCUUCCAAACCCACAAAGGCUUUUUCACUUUGUCCUACGACCUGUUCCAAGACUGAGACUCUAUCUUGCUGCUCAUCCAUCACAUCUUCAUCUCUCAGGCAUCCACGGACUGUCUAGGACGAAAUCUCUAUCUUGCAACUCAUACAUUCCAUCUUUUCAGACAUCCACGGACUGUUUAAGGAGGAGAUUACAUCUUGGUACCUGUACCAACGUCACUUCUCUUCAGACAUCACACUGUGGACUGUUUAACCUUAAACCGACAUCUUCGAACUCAUUGAACCACCUCUUCCUUUCAGACAUUCACAGCGAACUGUCAAGAUAGAGAUCUCAUCCUUGAUUAAUACCAUCUUCUCUUUCUCUAGACAUCAACCACGAACUGUCAAGACUGAAAUUACACUUGG